AUGAUUGAAGAUUAUGACAUAGUUUGUGGCCUGGAUGGCAGUACUUAUGGAACUUGGGAGACGAGGAAUGCUGAUUAUGAGGGCCUAUGGGUAUCAGGGUGGAGGGUAAAUGCUGAGAAAGUGAAAUGUGGUAGCGGGCAGGGAGGAAAUACAUCUACGACCACAGCUGUGGUAGACAGCAAGAAUGGAUCUGUGCCCAAAUCCCCUGGAAAAGUGAUGAAGAGGACAGUCACAGAAGAUAUAGUGACGACAUUCAGCUCCCCAGCAGCCUGGCUUCUGGUCAUUGCUCUGAUCAUCACAUGGUCAGCUGUGGCCAUUGUUAUGUUUGACUUAGUGGAUUACAGAAACUUUUCAGCAAGCUCUAUUUCCAAGAUGGGCUCAGAUCCUCUAAAACUUGUACAUGAUGCUGUGGAGGAAACCACGGACUGGGUCUAUGGCUUCUUUUCUUUGUUGUCUGACAUCAUCUCAUCUGAGGGUGAUGAAGAAGAUAAUGAUGAUGGAGACAAGGACACUGAUAAAGGAGAAAUAGAGGAGCCUCCCUUGAAAAAAAAAGAAAUACACAAAGAAAAGACUGAAAAGCAGGAGAAAACUGAAAAGAAAAUACAAACUAAAGUUACACACAAAGAGAAAGACAAAGACAAAGAAAAAGGAAAACCUGAAAAGAAAGCAACUCACAAGGAAAAAAUUGAGAAAAAAGAAAAACCAGAAACAAAGACAGUGGCAAAAGAAGAGAAGAAAGCUAAGACUAGAGAAAAGACUGAAGAAAAGAUUAAAAAGGAAGUGAAAGGUGCAAAACAGGAGAAGGUGAAGCAAACAGCUGCGAAAGUAAAAGAAGCACAGAAAACAUCACCUAAACCCAAAGAGAAGGACAAGAAAGACGCUGCAGUGGUGUCCAAGCAUGAACAGAAAGAUCAGUAUGCAUUCUGUCGAUAUAUGAUUGACAUAUUUGUCCAUGGGGAUUUAAAACCAGGACAAAGCCCAGCCAUACCACCUCCAUUACCAACAGAACAAGCUUCUGGACCCACUUUGGCAUCACCAACUCUUGAAGAAAAAGAAGAAGAAAAGAAGAAAGCUGAGAAUAAAGUGACUCCCGAAACAAAAAAGAAAGAAAAAGAAGAUGUCAAAACGAAAACUGAGAAGGAAACUGCCAUGGAUGUAAAGAAAAAAGAUCCUGGCAAAGUCCCAGAAGCCAAACAAGGGACAAUAAAAAUUGCAGCACAAGCAGCAACUAAAAAAGAUGAAAAGAAGGAAGAUUCCAAGAAAACAAGAACAACUGCAGAAGAACUACCCAAGGGAAAAAAACAGGAAAAGAAAGAAAAACAUGUAGAACCAGCAAAGUCACCAAAGAAGGAGCAUUCAGCUCCAAGUGAAAAACAAGUUAAAGCAAAAACUGAACAAGCCAAAGAAGAGGUUGGUGCUGCCUCAACUAAAAAAGCUGUACCUGGAAAGAAGGAAGAGAAAACAACCAAGACAGUGGAGCAAGAAAUUAGAAGAGAAAAAUCCGGGAAGACUUCAUCAGUUCUGAAGGAUAAAGAGCCUAUUAAGGGAAAAGAAGUGAAGGUUCCAGCUUCCCUAAAGGAAAAAGAACCUGAAAUUAAAAAAGAUGAAAAGAUGUCCAAAGCAGGCAAAGAAGUUAAGCCCAAGUCUCCACAGCCACAAGUAAAAAAAGAAGAUAAGCCAGAGUCACAAGUUAAAAAGGAAGCAAAACCAGCUUCAUCCGAAAAAGCUCAAAUACACAAACAAGACAUAGUGAAACCAGAAAAGACUGUUUCUCAUGGUAAACCAGAUGAAAAAGUUGUCAAGCAGGCAAAAGCUAUCACAAUAGAAAAAACAGUCAAACCCAAACCAACAAAAAAAGCUGAACAUCAAGAAAAAGAAUCUCCAUCUAUAAAAACAGACAAACCAAAACCAACUCCAAAGGAAACAUCAGAAGUAACAGCAUCAGUGAAGAAGAAAAUUGAAAAAUCUGAAAAGGAAAGUAAAGAAAAAGCAGAAAUGAAACAUCUUAAAGAAGAAAAAGUGCCAACUAGAAAAGAAAGUCUUCAAUUUUACAAUGUGACAAAAGCAGAAAAACCUGCAAGAGUAUCAAAAGAUUCUGAAGAUGUACCAGCUUCAACGAAAGCUAAAGAAGAAGCUGAAGAUGUGUCUUCCACAAAGAAGCAAAAGAGCCCCAUCAGCUUCUUCCAAUGUGUCUACUUGGAUGGCUACAAUGGCUAUGGAUUUCAGUUUCCUGUCACUCCUGCACACCGCCCUGGAGAGAGCUCUGGCCAACCAAGUUCUCCAGGAGAGAAGCAACAAAGACAAUAA